UUUGCCGCAAAAUGGUACACCUCCUACCUGGCCAAAGCUGGUUGCGCACAAUUCAUCGAAUUCCAUCCGGAGCUGCGUGCCACACCCAUACAGUUGCCGGCUGGUGUGUGCUUCAUUGUGGCCAACAGUCUGGCGGAUUUUAAUAAACGCGUUGUGGAAUGCCGCUUGGCUGCGCGCAUUAUUGCCAAGUAGAUGAAGCUCAGCAAUUGGCGUGGCAUGUUGCGCUUUGUGCAGUUGCAAGAGGCGUUGCAUUGCACGCUCGGCGAACUGGAAGAACUAGUGUUGAAAUGGCUGCCAAAGGAUAUUUACACACGCGCAGAGUUGUGUGCGCGCGAGUUGGAGGUCGACGCUGAGGAAUUCGAGAGGAAAUUUCUCACCGUCAAUACGCGGCACAUGAAACAAUUCAAACUGAAACAACGCGCUCAACACGUUAUACAACAAUGGUUGUAUUGCAAUUGCUAAUCUCUGUUUCUUCUUAAUCUUACUACAGAUUCACAGUGUGCGGCGAAAUUUCGCGAAAUAUGCGAGCGCCACCAUACCAUACCACAAUAUAUCUGCAAUGGCGUGAGCGGAAAGUCAAACGGUAACGGUGUCAAUGAUGCCGCAAAGCUAUUUACUUUGCUGUUACAAUUGAUGCCUCAAUCACACCAAAGUCUUUAGCAGCUCUACGAGUGUUCGCACACCGAGUAUUCCAUAACGCUAUAUGACAUUUGA